AUGUCCUACGGCGGCGGAUACGGUGGUGGUGGUGGCCACGAGGGCGGCUACAGAGGAGGUCGCGGAGGUGGUUACGGCGGUCACCGUGAUCGCGGUGACAGAGGUGAUCGCGAUGGCGGUUACGGCGGUGGCUACUCCAACGGCAACGGCUACGGCGGCGGUGGUGGUUACGGCGGUGGCGGUGACCGCAUGAACAACCUUGGUGCCGGUCUUCGCCAGCAAGAAUGGGACCUCAACGCCCUCCCCAAGUUCGAGAAGUCUUUCUACAAGGAGCACGAAGAGGUUGCCAACCGCAGCCCGGCCGAUGUCGACUCUUUCCGCCGCAAGCACCAGAUCACCAUUGCCGGCACCGAUGUCCCCAAGCCUGUCGAGACUUUCGAUGAGGCUGGUUUCCCUAGAUACGUCAUGGACGAAGUCAAGGCUCAGGGAUUCCCUGCCCCGACUGCUAUUCAAUCCCAGGGCUGGCCCAUGGCUCUUUCCGGUCGCGAUGUCGUCGGUAUUGCCGAGACAGGUUCCGGAAAGACCCUGACUUACUGCCUGCCCGCCAUUGUCCACAUCAACGCCCAGCCUUUGCUGGCCCCCGGCGAUGGCCCCAUCGUCCUCAUCCUUGCCCCUACUCGUGAGCUCGCGGUCCAGAUUCAACAAGAAAUUUCCAAGUUUGGAAAGUCUUCCCGCAUUCGCAACACCUGCGUCUACGGUGGUGUUCCCAAGGGCCCGCAGAUCCGCGAUCUCUCUCGCGGUGUCGAGGUCUGCAUCGCCACCCCUGGUCGUCUCAUUGACAUGCUCGAGGCUGGCAAGACCAACCUGCGCAGAGUGACUUACUUGGUCCUCGACGAGGCUGAUCGCAUGCUGGACAUGGGUUUUGAGCCUCAGAUUCGCAAGAUCAUUGGUCAGAUUCGCCCUGACCGUCAGACUCUCAUGUGGUCUGCUACCUGGCCCAAGGAGGUCCGCGCUCUUGCCUCCGACUUCCUUACCGAUUUCAUCCAAGUCAACAUCGGCUCCAUGGAGUUGGCUGCCAACCAUCGCAUCACCCAGAUUGUCGAGGUUGUGUCCGAAAGUGAGAAGCGUGAUCGCAUGAUCAAGCAUCUCGAGAAGGUCAUGGACAACAAGGAGAACAAGAUCCUCAUCUUCGUCGGCACCAAGCGUGUUGCUGACGACAUUACCCGCUUCCUUCGCCAGGACGGUUGGCCCGCCCUGUCCAUCCACGGUGACAAGCAACAGAACGAGCGUGACUGGGUCCUGGACCAGUUCAAGACGGGCAAGAGCCCUAUUAUGGUGGCUACCGACGUCGCGUCGCGUGGUAUUGAUGUUCGCAACAUUACUCACGUGCUUAACUACGACUACCCCAACAACUCGGAGGAUUACAUCCAUCGUAUUGGUCGUACUGGUCGUGCUGGCGCCAAGGGUACUGCCAUCACCCUGUUCACCACUGACAACUCCAAGCAGGCUCGUGACCUUGUCAACGUGCUGAGAGAAGCGCGCCAGGAGAUCGACCCUCGUCUUGCUGAGAUGACCCGCUUCGGAGGCGGCGGCGGCGGUCGCUACGGCGGCUGGGGCCGUGGCCGUGGUGGUGGCGGUGGUAGAAACAACGCCAACAACGCACCCCUUGGCGGCGGCCGACGCUGGUAA